AUGGCGGACACCGGAGGCCGAGAGUCAAGGGAAACUCCGGAGGCCACCCCUUCUCAAGUCGCGGAUUCUUCACAACCCGAUGAAGAGGAGGAACUCUCACCGUUCACGAUGUCACUACAGGACAGGCGGCAAGGCUCGGUGGCGUACUUUGUGCGCUUCCCGAAGACGAGCCGCCCUCCACAGAAGGCUGCAACGAGUAGAGCAACAGCGGCGCGUUCGGAAGGCAACGACCCAGCGGUGACAAUUCAGUCGAGAACGGAGAGAAGUGUUCGGCCAGAAGAUGAGGAGAAAAUGAGAGCAUGGGCGAAUGAGUCUCGCCAACGCGUGAAGCAGCAAUGGGCGAUUCCGCGGCGCUUGGGGUUGCCUAACGACUCCCCAAGAGAGCCAGGAAUGCACUCCGAGCGAGCUGCACGCCGCGAAGAGACAGGGAGAUUAGAGUUGAGUCAGGAGGAGAGAGAGAGUAGAGAAGCGCAGAAGGAGCUCGACGAAUACGUGGGUGACUUACCUCCUGCAGGAUCGGCGAGUACACCGAGUGAGGCGGUGCUACCACCCGAUGAACCAAUGGAUUGGACAGCAGAAGUUAAUAAGGAGCCCAGAAAGACGUCGACGCUAGUGGUAGAGAAGCGAGAAGAGCAAGAGAAGAAGAAGAAGAAAAAGAAGGCUCCGAAUCCUCGUCGUCAACUGACAAGAGAGGAUUACUUCUCGGUGCUGUCGCCACCAGCAACUCGAUCAUCUUCGCCUGAGCCUGGAGCUCCGAUAAAACCUGGGGUUUCUGGAAAACCAGUGAUGGAGUCAUCGACUGCUGGGUAUCGAGAGGAUGACCAGCAAGAGAGAACGGAGCAGGAGGCUCGCGCAGCCGAAGAACGCUGGCGGCGUCGGCGAGCAACCAACAAAGUGUCUCUGACACCCUUAUUGGAGGCAGCGGUGACUAAACCAGCGGAAGCUGAGUCACGUGAGGAGAACUCACGGCGGCAACGAUCCGAGCAGGCUGCUCGCGCAGCUGAGGAGCGGUUGAGACAACAACGAGAGGUCGUCAGAUCCAACCCGAUACCUCUGACCGGAUCCGCAGUGAUGGAGACGAGUGAUAGCGGAGUGAUGCCUGCACCUUCGCAGAGUGGUCUAACCGACGCAGAGGAUGCCGCAAGGAAAGCCAGCCGUCGAAAUAAACUCCGAAACGAGCGUAGGCGCCGUGCGAGGCAGGCGAAGCGAGAAGAGAAAGAGACCACAGAGGGCAGGAGUGAGUGA